UGAAGGGUGAGGCUACAGUCGACAUUUUACCAACCCCAACCCAAAUCCCAACUCUCUUAUAAAACCCCAUCACUCCCCACCUAUCUCUCUUCGUCUUGCUCCUCAGAUCGUGCAUACAUUACAAGCUUUUGCACUUCUCUCCUUCCUAAACCCCCCGUACAAUGGCCGAGUAUGAAGGAAUUCUUUUGGGAAUGGGAAACCCCCUUCUCGACAUUUCAGCAGUAGUCGAUGAGGAUUUCCUCAAAAAAUAUGAUGUCCAACUAAAUAACGCCAUUCUUGCUGAAGACAAGCAUUUGCCCAUGUACGAUGAAAUGUCAUCCAAAUUCACUGUAGAGUACAUUGCUGGAGGUGCUACUCAGAAUUCAAUCAGAGUUGCCCAGUGGAUGCUUCAAAUCCCUGGUGCAACAAGUUACAUGGGUUGUAUAGGAAAGGACAAAUAUGGUGAGGAGAUGACCAAGAACUCAAAAAGUGCUGGAGUUAAUGUGCACUAUUAUGUGGAUGAGGCUGCACCAACUGGCACCUGUGCUGUUUGUGUUGUUGGUGGUGAGAGGUCACUUAUUGCCAACCUAUCAGCUGCCAACUGCUACAAGGCAGACCACUUAAAGAAACCAGAGAAUUGGGCUUUGGUUGAAAAGGCCAAGUACAUCUAUAUUGCUGGCUUUUUCCUUACAGUGUCUCCUGAAUCAAUCCAGCUUGUAGCUGAGCAUGCAGCUGCAGCCAACAAGGUUUUCACAAUGAACCUUUCAGCACCAUUCAUCUGUGAAUUCUUCAAGGAUGCUCAAGAGAAAGCAUUAGCUUAUGUGGAUUAUGUUUUUGGAAACGAAACUGAAGCAAGAACAUUCUCAAAGGUUCAUGGGUGGGAGACUGAUAAUGUGGAGGAGAUUGCAAUCAAGAUCUCUCAGUGGCCUAAAGCAUCAGGGACAUACAAGAGGAUUACUGUGAUCACUCAGGGAGCUGAUCCAGUUGUGGUUGCUCAAGAUGGAAAAGUUUCAAAGUAUCCAGUCAUCUUGUUGCCAAAAGAGAAGCUUGUUGACACCAAUGGAGCAGGUGAUGCGUUUGUUGGAGGAUUUAUGUCUCAAUUGGUUAAAGAAAAGCCGAUUGAGGAAUGUGUGAGAGCUGGAUGUUAUGCUUCAAAUGUGAUCAUUCAAAGAUCAGGGUGCACCUACCCUGAGAAGCCUGACUUUAGCUAGAUUUCUUCAUGAAUGUGGUGGAGGUGGAACCAUUUUUCUUUUAGGGUUGUUCUAUUAUCUCUCAUUAUUAUUGUUUGCCUUUCAUUAUUAUUAUUAUUAUUAUUAUUAAACCCCUCUUAAACCAAAUCUUGCAUUAGAGUGAGAGUAUACACGACUACUUGUUUGAUUUGUUUUGGAGGCCUGAAGUUAUGUGGUGUUUGUUGGUCUCAAAGUAUACGUUUUAUAGUGAUUAAUAAGUUUUGUUGUAACUUUUUUUUUUUUGGUUAAUGUAAAAGAUUAUUCAAGGAUGAGUUGCUGAUUGUGGUUUAUAUCUUUGUUGUACGUUUUGUGCUUGAAUGUUGAUAUAUUGUGAUUUUUGUAGAAUGUUACUUUUGAAUAGAAUCUCCAGCUACAUGGGGGAGGUUGAAAAGAAUACUGAUUAUUGAGCUAAACAAAAAAGAUACUCGCCAUUCCAAUAUAAGGAAAUCUUGGGUAAAUUCCUAUUCCUAAAACAAACUUUGGCCUCAUUUAUGAAAACCAUUGAGUUUGAUUGAAAGUGACAAAAUAAAAACGUUAAUUCUUUACAUAUCUGUGGGUGUAGAUGAGUAGUUUUAUUUAAUAAAUAAUUUUUAGAAAAGUCUUUAUAUUUUG